GUAGGCUCAACUACAGGUACAGAAGCUUGGCUCAGGUGUGUGUUAGCUGCGGUCCAUUUCGACCGGAGGUGACUUCCCGUUAAAGGGAGAACUUUAGUCAAUUAUGUGCCACAGACGAUUAUUGCGCAAGUCGAACCAAAAUUUUUCGUUUUGUAAAGAUUACCUUAAGGCAUUUAAAUCAAGUGCAAGUGCAAAAUCACGGAAGCUGAUGAUUCAUAAGUGAUUCUAUGAAAAUUGAUCGAAACAUUUGGACAGUGAUUACGUGUACUGUGAUAGAUUGCCGAAGGGUUCCAGUAGUUCCAAUUGAUUCGGACAAUCUAAUAUUCACGUACAAAGAAAACCGGUUUAAAAACGUGUCGAUGGGAGUUACUUGGUGGAACGUGCCCAUAACAUUUUCGUUCCUGCUUGCAGUAAAUUGUUCUCAACUGUCGUCAUCGCUGUUUAUUUAAACAGUCGCAAAAUGUUAUCACAAACAGUUAGAUGUACUAUCGUUACAGUGUUGAUUGUUUUACCGGCAUUGAUGCUGGUGCGGGUGGUUGCAGCUGAAUCGGAAUCCGAAGAAUCUUGUCACGAUAACAAACCCUGCUCGGAAGAAGAGUACUGCGAUCCCCACAGUCUAACUUGCGCCCAAUGUGAUGUGAUAUGUACCCAACGGGAGACCAGACAUGAUUGCAAUAAAAAGUGUAAAGAUUACCUGAUUCUACGAAGAAUUGCAACCUUGGAAAGCAACCUCUUCACAACGAUAAUCAUUUUUGCGAUGAUCUUGCUGAUUCUGGCCAUCCUGGUAGCGAUUAUCAUCGUUCGGUGGUGCAGUAAAAAUGGUCACCUCUCAUGCAAAACUUUGAAACGGCUCAUCGGCACCGGCGGAAAAGGUGCCUCUCCGGCUAUGGAGUACACUCACGAAAAUCCCCACACCAAGAGUCCAAAACUUAGCGCCCGGAAUUCGACCAACAACAACAGUGCUCUUCCGGCACCUCCCUCGGUUGCGACCAUUGGUUCACCGAGUAUCUACGACGGUGCCCAUUCCAUGCAAACGGUUACCACUCCCGUUAGUCACGGGUAUCCAUCGGAAUACUGGAGGGACAAUCAUGCUUACGACAACGGAGGCCUCGUCGUGACACCAACGGAUAAUACUUACGAAUAUGUGGAGGCAAAAUUGAAUCAAAUCCGAUAAAAUGUUUUCACGAUAGUACUUCGCGCAUACUUAGUUUUAAACAAUCCACUACUCUUCCUACUCUAGACGCUCUUCCUAUACAAAUUAAGGAACAAUAUUUGUUAGACUACUAUCCUUCAAUUUAGGCUUGAUGAAUCUCAAAUGAAACCCAGUGAACAAAAUACGUUCGUUAAAAAGUAUUUUUUGUUUUCAAAUUGAUAGAUCUGCAACUGAAAAUACUUGAGUCUACGUAAGGAUUCCCUCAUUUCUGCAAAACAUAGCAUGUAGUGAAUAUAUUGAUUGUAAAUAUUAGAAUAAAGCAGGAAUGAUCGAGAUUGUAAAGUAAGAAUUUUAUUCUUAGUUAGACACGAAGCACAACUGUAAGUCAUGUAUAACUAAGGAUAUUUAAAAUUUCAUGUACUUAAAACAAACAAAUAAAAUCAGUACUAUGUUUCCAUUAAUUGAUUUGUGUAACGCACAAUAAGUUUGGCAGUCCCAAGCCUUUUCCAUGUUUUGAAAUAUUUUAGUUUUUUUUUUCAUUUAAUAUUCUGGUUUCUACAGCAAAUAUAUACAUUUUUG